AUGCACCGAACAUACUCUAUGCGCCAAACCCGGGCGCCGACUGCUUCGCAGAUCCAGAACCCUCCACCGCCGCCGUCAACGACCAAAUCUCACCGAUUGUUCGGAAAGGUAUCUGUUGGACAUGCCCUCCGCCGAAACGCGGCUGGCGCCUUUGGGCCUGACCUCGCCAAGAAGCUCACACAACUCGUUAAGAUGGAGAAGAACGUGAUGCGCAGUCUGGAGCAGGUAGCUAAAGAGCGUAUGGAUGUGGCACAACAACUAUCCAUUUGGGGCGAACAUGGGGAUGAGGAUGUGUCGGAUGUCACCGACAAGCUCGGCGUUCUCCUCUACGAGAUCGGCGAGCUUGAAGAUCAAUACGUCGACCGCUAUGACCAGUAUCGCGUCACCAUGAAGAGCAUCCGAAACAUCGAGGCCUCUGUACAGCCCAGCCGAGAUCGCAAGCAAAAAAUCGCCGACCAGAUUGCCCAGCUGAAAUACAAGGAGCCCAACUCACCCAAGAUCGUCGUCCUCGAACAGGAACUUGUCCGCGCCGAAGCCGAAUCACUCGUCGCUGAAGCCCAGCUGUCGAACAUAACACGUGAGAAGAUAAAGGCUGCCUACACGUACCAAUUCGAUGCCCUGCGUGAGCACUGCGAGAAGGUCGCCAUUAUUGCUGGCUACGGAAAGCACCUCCUCGAACUCAUCGACGAUACCCCCGUGACCCCCGGCGAGACACGCGCCGCCUACGACGGUUACGAAGCCAGCAAGGCCAUCAUCCAGGAUUGCGAAGAUGCAUUGACCCAAUGGGUCACCCAAAAAGCUGCUGUGUCCUCAAAGUUAUCCACCCGCGCCCGAACGCUAUCCACGAGGCGGCGCAACAAUAUUAAGGCUCGCUCUGAGGGUCUUGAUCUCUCGGGCCAGGACGCGCCGCUCAACGACCGCGAUUCCUGGGUUGCCGCUGGCGAACAUAAGGCCCAAGAGUACGACGACGACGACGAGGAUGACAUGCGCGCCCACUCGCCUCUCGACAGCGACAGCGGCUUGAAUGACGAGCAGCACCACCGUGGUAGAGCAACCGAGGCCAUGGUCGCAUAG